AUGGUGGUGCUGGUCAUAGGAUUCUUUCUCUCCAUAUUGAUGUGCACGCGCAUUGACGUGUUCUUGCUGGAUGGCAUGCGAGAAGACUUUUUUCUCGACGGGGAAGUCAUCAAUAAAACAUAUUUCCCUCGUCUUACUGUCUCUGCCUUUCCAUCUGUAAAGAAAACAGUGCUCACCGAAACACCAACGUACACAACCAACUGUCUUCAUGCCAUGUAUACAGGUAGGGUCACUCAUCCGCUUUGCGUCCUGCUGGCACUGGCUCCAUCAAUGUAUACCAUCACUGGAGGACCAAGAGAAAAACCUCGCGUUCUCAAGCUUCUGCUGCAGAGGGGGUAUAGUUUGAGUGUCAGUGGGGAUGACACAUUAGCCAAGAUGUUCCCUAGCUACUUCAGUCAAUCGCAGACAGCAUACUCCUUCAGCAUAGGUGACUAUGACACAGUAGAUAACAUAGUACUCCAGAGCCUGCAAGAUCUUUGGGCAAGUGGUGCAGCUGUAACCAAUCAGUUCUCGGUAUACCACUUUCUCGGAGCAGACCAUGUUGCACACAGCGAAGGCCUACUGUCCGCUACACUACGUGAGAGGUAUAACAGGUAUGAUAAUCUGAUAGACACUCACCUGAAUUUUCUUCACAAUAUGUGGACCAAAGGCGAUCUUGAUAGCUAUGUUGUCAUCAUUCUCUCGGACCACGGGAUGACAGACAAGGGUACCCACGGCGGCUUCAGUGCAGCAGAGACUCACACUCCCUUUCUGCUAUUCACGUCCUCAGAAUCGCUUAGAGAAGGCCUUGAAACGCGAGUCGGUCAACUGAUUCCACAGCGACACAUCCUACUUCACGUUCUCUCGAAGUUAUUUCUCGCAGAGACAGGAGCCGAAAUUGAGAUAGAAGCGACAGAUGGAGCGCCUUCCAGUGCUGUUUCGUCCAUAGACGUCUGUAUUAUCAUCGCUUACACUAUCUUAUUAGCGAUACUUUCGACAAUAAUUAUCGCCCGUAAGCGUCCUAUAAGCUCAGCAAUUCUAAUGUGUCAGUUUCUGUGCGCUGUAGCUGCACGGUUUGCGCACAACGAAACGGUGCCUUUGGUAAUUAGCCUUGCAAUGGAACUUAUUUGGAAGACUAGGUCUGAUAGCAAUGAAAUCAACGUAAGAUACGGUGGAAAGAAUCCUGCGAGAAGACAUAGCAUGUAUCGGGCUCUCCUAAUUGUAUCUUAUGGUGCCUGGAUAGCGUCUCUUGCAUAUAUUACAAGGAGCGUGUACUCAGUAACACCAGCAGCCUUGAUGUUGGUGAUCCAAACCUUCAAUGCCCGAGCAGAGCUGCGGCAUAUAUUGCUGCGCCUGCUACUCAACGGUAUGGGGCACACAGAACUCUUUUCAUAUAGACUUCCAUCCAUAUAUCUGUCAAAUAGACCCAAAAACUCGGCCAAUCCUUGGAGUUGUGCAGCUUAUAUUUUCUUAGCCGAUGGACUGCCUACAAUGAUCAGCGGAAGCAUAUAUGACUUCACCAGUCUUGCUACUCUGAUAUUCUCCUCUCUGCUAUUUCGAUGGCACCCCCUCUACAACUCCAUCUGCGUUUCGAGGCUAAUAAUGGGGAUCGUGACGGCUAUUCUGAGUUUAAGCGGUGUGAUUAUGAGGAGAGUAGGGUCAACCUUGGGGUUCUUGAGAUAG